AAAUCUUUGGCGAAUCGGUGAUUUUUAUACCAACCAACACGAUACAGACAUUCCUCAGCACGGCCUGCCUUUCUGGAGGUCACGGUGUUCUGGGGUGGAGCCGUUCCUAUGAUGAUGCAUCCCGCGCUCCUGCUUUGGGCUCUGCCCUUGCUGGCCACAGUGUCGGCCCAGUACGGGAACAUGCCGGAGGGGCCCUGGGUCAACAUAUACCGGCAGGGCUUCAACUUCCAGUGCCCCCAUGGCCAGCUGCUGGUGGCAAUUCGGAGCCACUACAGCGCGGAGGAGGGAUCCGACCGCCUCUGGUCUUUCGAUUGCCAACCCACCCCCCAAGGCUUCGGUGAGGUCACCGAGUGCUGGUGGGACGACAUCAACCGAGCCGGCAUGGAAUGGACUUCCAAAUGCUCCAACAAUGGGCUAGUGGCAGGGGUGCAGAGCUGGUACUUCCCUGGGCUUCUGGACCGUGAAUGGCAAUUUUACUGUUGCCGAUACAGCCGCCGGUGCCCAUAUUCCUGCUGGCAGACCUCUGACGUUCCGCAAUAUCACAAAGAAGAGGGGGAGAUGGUCGUUCCGAGUUACGGCUACUUCAUCAGAGGGGCUCAAACCACCUUCAGCGGAGUUCUCAGAGAUCGACAGUGGAAGUACAUCUUAUGCAGAAUGACUGAUUUUGACUGUAAAUUUGAAAACUUCUAAAGGCCAGUGGAUUAGUUUUGAACUGAGGAAGAAACCCAGCUUCUUCUCCUCCGAUCCUCCAAAAUGAGUGACAUUCUAUGACGAGCUCCUCUUGCUGCUUGUGAUUUAACAGAAAGGAUGAAAAUAUGAUUUUUCAUAAAAUGAGUGAAAAGAGGAUUUCUAUCUACUUUAUUUCCUUUGUAUGUUAUUUGUUUCCUUUGAUUCAGCAAAGCAGUAUUAUGAAUGAUGAACUGCUGAACCAGUCACAGAUAUACUGCAUAUUAAUUUGUUUGAUUUUCCAACAUGAGUUGUAUUGAAAAAGCAUAUCCACACAUUAACAUCUAAUAAAAUUAUGUUACAAAGCAA